AUAUUUGUGUACAUAAUAAUAUGAAAUAUUACCAAAAUAACAUUUGAGAGAUCGAAAUAGUAUAUAAUAAUAUAUUAUAUUUAUUAUAUGAUUGAUUUAAAUUUUAUCAAAUCUAAUUUAUAUUGUCCGACUCAAGAUGAAAACACAACGGACGGACUCAAAUUCUUAACACAUCCAACUUGCGUCCAUGUCACUGCCACUCUCUUCGCUUUGCAGUCAUUUCUUCAAACAUCUAACGUACUGCAAUUCUGCCACCACUUUCUUCUCCUUCCUCCGCCGCAUACAUUGCCUUCCUCCACCGAAUCGCUUCUCGUUCGUCCCCUCAGCCAGAGCGGCAAGGCAGCAACUACUAUCGAGGCUCAAUGUCACCGCUGUCAAUUGUUCUACUCUACCCUUGCACAAUGGCGCCGUCACUGCCCAUGACGCCUUCAUUUUACAUUACCUUUCCGUUCGCAUUUGCUGCCCGAGACACGUUGCUGACGUGCUCUCGGAGUCUCUUCUGUGUUUCGGAGCCAGUUCCACUACCAUUGAUGAACUAGACAGCCACGAGUCCGGUGAAGAGAUAUGGAUCAGUUCUACAUUUGACGUAGACCAGGAUGUGAAAGAUUGCAUUUCACGAGCUGCUGAUUCAGUUGGAUUGAAAGAGAUACCUAAUUACAAAGUUGAAAUGCAUGACCACACUGAUUGGAUCAAACAAACUCAGGAAUCUUUUCAUCCAGUGGAAAUUACAGAGGGACUUUGGAUUGUGCCUGAAUGGAGAAAUCCCCCAAAUCUUCAAGCAAUAAACAUAGUUCUGAAUCCUGGUUUGGCAUUUGGAACUGGAGAACAUCCUACAACUAAGUUGUGUCUAUUACUGCUGCGUCGAUUAGUAAACGGAGGAGAAUACUUUCUGGACUAUGGCACAGGUUCAGGUGUUCUUGCAAUUGCAGCACUAAAGUUUGGUGCGGAUCUGUCAGUUGGAUUCGACAUAGAGCGACAAGCAAUUACAUCAGCCCGACAUAAUGCUGCUCUGAACAACAUAGGACCCGAGAAAUUGCUGCUAAGUCUUGUUCCUAGCAAGAAUGGUCCUGAGUUUGAGAAUGAAUGUCCAUACGAGGACAUCAGCUCUCAGGAUUUAUACAAUUCAAAGAUCAUUGCGGAGAAAGACAAGUACGAUGUGGUAAUUGCUAACAUAUUAUUAUAUCCCCUGCUAGAUUUGGCAGAACGAAUUGUCUCGUAUGCAAAGCCCGGUGCUGUAGUUGGUGUUUCUGGAAUCAUAUCUGAGCAGGUUCCAACUGUGGUAGAACAUUAUUCCCAAUUCCUGGACGACAUCAAUGUGUCAACUAUGGAUGAUUGGGCUUGCAUAACUGGUUCAAAGAAAACAGAACCAGGCACUACUUAGAUUAAUAUUUUGAUAUCAGUUAAACUGCGAACCACACUUCCGUAUUGAUUUGCAUGUCAUAUGAAGUGAUACAAAAUCAAUUCAUUAGGCAUUCUUCAUACACUUAUGAUUUUGUACUACGUGAAUUAUUCUUCAUGUAGCAGAGUACUAUUUGAUUUUUUUUUUGUCAUGCAUCAUACAUUGAACUCUAACCUUUAAAAGGUUCACUUCCAUGUUUCACUGUUGGACAUUCAAAUAUGAUGGUUUCGGUUUUAUAGCGGUUAACACCAAAUAGCAGAUAGCUUAUAUGGAUUGUCCGAAUGCCGCCUCCUUAAAACUAAAAACUCAGAGCCUCGUGAAGUUACUAAGGGUGUAAAGGCAGUUCUCUCCAAAUAAAAAAGCGAAAGAAAGAAAGCUAUAAGCAUAAAAAAGAGAAGCUGAGAACUAUGUUUAGCAAACUCUAGAGAGUUAAACAAGCAGAAUUAACAAAAGGACUAACCUGACAAACUUACACCAUUCGCAACUGGUUCCUCAAGUCAAGCAAUAUAUUCUAUACUAUUGAGUAUUAUUUGUAUUGCACAAGGAUGGCAGUUGCUCUAUUACUUCAUAUGCAUUUAUGAGAAGAUAAAACAGAAAAUGAUCAACUACUGACCAAGCAAAGAUGCAAACGUUAUUUCUAGAACCAACAAUAUUUCUUGCAGUUAUUUUAACUGAGAAAGAAAUAUGCAGUGAACAUUUUACCAAUAAAGAUACCAAACAUUUUCUCAAAGUUUGUGAGUUCAAUUACUGAAAGUUAUUUGUCCAGAUAAUUCAUCAAUAUGUCCUUGUUUCGCAUUCCCUAUCGAGCUAAAAGAGCAAGUUGGGAGCCAGUAUCGUCUAACAAAUCCUACAAGCCAAAAUCCAAUUAUCACAUUA